AUGACCAAGGAAGGUCAGGCGCCGCCAAAGUACGCGUAUGACUACACUGUGUCCGACUACCACACGGGAGACAGCAAGUCGCAAUGGGAGACCCGGGACGGGGAUGUCGUCAAGGGCCAGUACACUCUGAUAGAGCCGGACGGUUCUGUGCGGACUGUGGAAUACACGGCGGAUGAUCACAAUGGGUUCAACGCAGUCGUCAAGAAGACAGAACCUAAAGUUCCCCACUAUGAGCCCGAGCCCAAGUAUUACGAAGCCCCGGUGCACGCCCCCGUUGCUGCCGACUACGAGCAACACGACUAUGGCGGUUACUACCCUUCACAUUACUGACCUGUUGUGCGGCAUCCAGUACUGGCCGUGGGGCUUUCUGGAGUGUGGCCAAUCAAUACAAAUACUAAUCAUCCUAGUGAUGAACUUUGCUCUUUACCUAAGUAUGUCUAAGAUAAAUUUAAGUGAUGUACAAAAUGUGUAAAAUAUAUAUAUCAAAGUUUAAAAUAGAAUAAUAUAAAAUAGUAUUAAAAAAAUAUACAGAUCUAUACGUAUA